UACAACGUACCCAACAAUCAUCUACUCGAGUAUGAAGCGGAGUCCUUCAGAACGAUGAGACAUUGUCUGAAGUAUAUUCCUCAGUACGCUAGAUUACUUACGGAAAUACCCACCAGGUAACCUGGACUUUCACGGCUAGGUAUAUCCGUUACGAUAACUAGUCCUGAUUGCGAGAAGCCACCCUUUGAUAUGAUGGUGUGCUUCUUGAGCUGAUCAUUUCAAGGAUAAAUACCUCCAGAGUGCCCCUUCUAAUCGUUUGUACUUGAAACUUUAUAUUGCUAUCUUCUCUCAGCUCAAACAAAGAAUAAACACAGACAUCGCAAUGGCACCUUCGGCAACCGAGACGCUGAACCUAUCUGCAAUUCCAGUUGCCGCUGGAAAAGCAAAGUUAUCAUCUCCAAAGCCAUGGGUUAAAAGCACCGGAGCGCUAGAUGAGUAUGAGAAUUUCGACGUCACUCCAAUUAUUGGACGAGAAUUUCCUCAUGCUAGCUUGGCACAAUGGCUUCAAUCUCCAAAUUCCGAUGCUCUCAUCAGGGAAUUGGCACUUACAAGUAUGAUUUCCCAUUCCCAUUCAUACCCACAUGGUACUGAUACAUUAGCAGUUUCCCAGCGAGGAGUCGUCUUCUUCCGAGCUCAAGACGACCUUACCGCAGAUCUCCAAAAACAGCUUGUUCAGAGACUUGGACUUCUCUCCGGAAAACCAGCGGACUCAGGUCUCCAUAUUCAUCCAAUCCUCAACUCAGAACGCGAAGAUUACCGAGUAACGGAUCCAGAAAUAAGUACCAUCGACAGCGUUCUCAAUAAGAAGUUGUACGCCAACAACAGUAUCAUCAACCAAUCCGGAAAAAAACAAAACGCUGGAGGCUGGCACGCAGACAUUUCCUUUGAGCCAGCGCCUGCAGAUUACUCAAGUUUGAGACUCGAGAUUCUGCCAAAAACUGGUGGUGAUACUCUUUGGGCCAGCGGAUACGAGAUCUAUGAUCGCAUCUCUGAGCCAUACCAGAAAUUCUUGGAGGGAUUGACUUGCACUUUCCAUCAGCCAGGCUUCAUCGAAGCUGCUUCUAAGGGUGGAUUCGCCGUCUACGAGAAACCGCGUGGCUCUCCACUCAAUAUUGGCAAAGAACUCAAAGCCGUUCACCCAGUCGUCCGCACCAACCCAGUGACCGGAUGGAAGUCAAUCUUCCCUGUUGGCGGGCACAUCUCUCACAUCAAUGGUAUCACCGACUUGGAGAGUAAAGCACUACUCAAGUGGUUUAACCGGUUACUUGUGGACAACCAUGAUCUGCAAGUGAGGUUUAAAUGGCAGAACAAGAAUGAUAUUGCCAUUUGGGAUAACAGAAGUGUUUUCCACACUGCUACUUAUGAUAUUGAUGGCCUAGGUGAUAGAUAUGGUGUUCGGGCUGUGAGUGUAGGCGAGAAACCGUUCUUUGAUCCCGAGAGCACUGGGAGACGAGAGGCUUUGGGUAUGAAGGAUGUUGAGAAUCGGGAGGCGAAGGUUGGGGAUGAAGCUGCCAAAUCUUGAGUUCUUUUCUUGCUAUCGUGGUUUAGUUGAGCACAUAUAAGUAUAUUAUCAGCAAUUUUAUCCAUUUUACAUGG